AUGAUCAAGAGAACAUCGCAUCAAGCCUUUUCUCCCAAUAAUCAAGGCAUCGUUGUCUUAUAUGAUCAUGCCCGACGAGAUGCCUUUGCUGCUACAGAGCAUGUCAAUCAUGUACAUAUGCUUCUUGCGCCACCAGGAUCCACACCCAAGAAGCGGAUUCCAUCGAUUACCACCAUCGUGCUGCUUCAAAUGCAAGUAAGCAUGUUCAAGAUGAUUGGAUCCAUCCCUUCGUCACAAUCCACUGCUACUGCCCAUAAUGCUCCUCAGCCGGCAACAACGCCACCCACACCUCUGCCUGAUGACGGUGCCACCAAAAAGAGCAUUGGCCAUCCUCCUCGUUAUCGUCGUGUUGCUGCUGUCAAGGGGUGUUUGCAAACUGCAGCUCGUUGGUCUCUUUUAUUUGGUUUGGUUGUGCUUGACAAUGUUGGACGUGUUCUUGGUGUUGAAGAAGAAAUGGCAAACGUGUGUGAGCCUGAAGAACAACAACAGCAGCAGCAGCAUGAAGUGCGUCAUUAUCAACCCUAUCUUGUGGAAUCGCAGCAACAGCAACAGCAACAACAAGAGCAACAUGUAUCCUUCAACAACAACAAUGAUGCAAUUACUCGUGUGCCAACACCACCAACAAGUACGCAUCGUAGUAUGUCACCUACUUCACCUUCAUCACCACAAUCGCCACCACCACCGAUCAUGAUAAAUCCACAACCUCGUGCAAGCAGCAGCACACAUACGCAGCGUGUCUCGACCACACAUUCUCAUCGCCAACGCAAAAUUUCGGCACCUACGGGUAGUAGCAGCAACAACAGCACCAGUUAUCCUCAUCAUCAUCGUCAUGAUUGUACCACAUCAGCAUCGGUAACACAGCCCAUGGGCCAUGCACGUUCCUUGUCCAACAACAUGACCAUGCCAGCAUCCAAGGUGUCAAGCAGUCGACAUAGUCUUCGUCGUGUUGAGGCCCAACGUGAUCUUGUGAGUGUACAAUCAUCCUCAUCAUCCUCCACUUCUUCCCUCCAUCAUCGUCGACGUGUUGAAGAAGAUGAUUCAGAAAAUGUGCCAUCACAGAUUCACUAUCACCAUCAUCAUCAUUUUCACCAGGAUCCAUCCACGUCUUCACCCAAGCCAGGAGCUAUUCGUACCAACACCACUACCACUACCACUACCAAUGGCUCAUCCUCCUCUUCCAAGCGUGGUAACCAUGCCAACCCUUCCUCUUCCUCACAAAAGUCUCCAUGGCGACCAUGA